AUCGGCGAACCACUUCCGCUUUAGGAUGUCGACAAUUUCACUCGCUCGUCGCCCAAGUCUUCCACAACAAACGUCACAACUAGGAAAAAGGAACGCGGCCAAGUCGCUGGUAUUUCCAUCUCAGUAGUGAUUCCUUCCUGGAGGGCGAGCCGGGGCACCCGCAAACCCGCCGCGAAGAUGGGGGAACUCUUCAGGAGUGAGGAGAUGACGCUGGCACAGCUCUUCCUGCAGUCAGAGGCAGCCUACUGCAGUGUCAGUGAGCUGGGAGAGAUUGGGAUGGUGCAGUUCCGUGAUUUGAAUCCUGAUGUCAACGUCUUCCAACGCAAGUUUGUCAAUGAAGUGCGGCGAUGUGAGGAAAUGGACCGAAAAUUGAGGUUUGUGGAGAAGGAGAUCAAGAAAGCCAACAUCCCGAUCGUUGACACCGGUGAAAACCCCGAAGUCCCCUUCCCGAGAGACAUGAUCGACUUGGAGGCCUCAUUUGAGAAGCUGGAGAAUGAACUGAAGGAAAUCAACACUAACCAGGAAGCCCUGAAGAAGAACUUCCUGGAGCUGACCGAGCUCAAGCACAUUUUGCGCCGCACACAGCAGUUUUUUGAUGAGAUGGAAGACCCCACACUGUUGGAGGAAUCAUCCACCUUGCUGGACCCCAACGAGGUCAACCGGGGGGCGCCGCUCAGGCUUGGAUUUGUUGCUGGAGUCAUUGGAAGGGAGCGCAUCCCCACAUUUGAGAGGAUGCUGUGGAGAGUUUGCAGAGGGAAUGUGUUCCUGAGGCAGGCGAAUAUUGAAGACCCUCUGGAGGACCCAACUUCGGGCGAUCAGGUCCACAAGUCUGUCUUCAUCAUCUUCUUCCAGGGAGACCAGCUGAAAAACAGAGUGAAGAAGAUUUGUGAGGGCUUUCGAGCAACAUUGUACCCGUGUCCGGAAACACCUCAGGAGAGGAAAGAGAUGCUCGCAGGGGUGAACGCUCGUAUCGACGACCUGCAAAUGGUGCUGAACCAAACGGAGGACCACAGACAGCGGGUUCUGCAGGCCGCGGCCAAGGCGGUGCGCGUGUGGUUCAUCAAGGUCAGGAAGAUGAAAGCCAUCUACCACACACUCAACCUGUGCAACAUCGACGUCACCCAGAAGUGUCUCAUCGCCGAGGUGUGGUGUCCCGUCUCUGACUUGGACUCCAUACAGUUCGCACUGCGCAGGGGCACGGAGAAGAGCGGCUCCACGGUGCCUUCCAUCCUGAACAGGAUGCAGACCAAACAGACCCCGCCCACCUACAACAAGACAAACAAGCUCACCUCCGGGUUUCAAAACAUUGUGGACGCCUACGGAAUCGGCAGCUACCGUGAGAUCAAUCCAGCUCCAUACACCAUCAUCACCUUCCCCUUCCUGUUCGCUGUCAUGUUUGGCGACCUGGGCCACGGUGUGCUCAUGACCUGUGCUGCUCUGUACCUGGUCUUGCGAGAGAGCCGGCUGAUCGCCCAGAAGAACGACAACGAGAUGUUCAGUAUGGUCUUCGCUGGGCGCUACAUCAUCCUGCUGAUGGGCAUCUUCUCCAUCUACACGGGCAUCAUCUACAACGACUGCUUUUCCAAGUCACUCAACGUCUUUGGCUCUGGCUGGAGCGUGCGGCCCAUGUUUGACGCCCGUGUGGGAGGCAACUGGACGACUGCAACACUUGAGGGCAACAAAGUUUUGCAGUUAGACCCAGCGGUAGACGGCGUUUUCAAAGGGCCGUACCCGAUAGGCAUUGAUCCGAUCUGGAAUAUUGCAACGAACAAGCUGACCUUCUUAAACUCCUUCAAAAUGAAGAUGUCCAUCAUCCUGGGUGUCAUCCACAUGCUAUUUGGUGUCACUCUCAGUCUCUUCAACCACCUUUAUUUCAAGAAGCCGUUGAACAUCUACUUGGGAUUCAUCCCCGAGAUCGUCUUCAUGGCAAGCCUCUUCGGCUACCUUGUGCUGCUCAUCUUCUACAAGUGGCUCUCGUACGACGUGCGGCUGUCGCGCGACGCUCCCAGUCUCCUGAUCGCUUUCAUCAACAUGUUCCUCUUCAACUACAGCGAUCCUACCGUCAAGCCUCUCUACACGGGACAGCAAGCUCUGCAGACCCUCCUGGUGCUCAUCGCCGUGGCAUGUGUCCCUUGCAUGUUGAUAGUGAAAACUCUGGUCCUGCGGAGACAAUAUCUGUGGCGUAAAAACCUGGGCACACAGAAUUAUGGGGGCAUCCGGGUGGGCAACGGUCCCACUGAGGACGAGGCGGAAAUCAUCCAGCACGACCAGCUGUCGCAACACUCCGAAGAAGAGCCUGAGCGUUGCCUUCUGUCAUCUGCUUUCAAGGCCCGCGAGGAGGAAGAGUUUAACUUUGCAGAUGUUGCCGUGCAUCAGGCGAUACACACCAUCGAAUAUUGCCUGGGUUGCAUCUCCAACACGGCCUCCUACCUCAGGCUUUGGGCUCUCAGUCUGGCUCACGCACAGUUGUCAGAGGUUCUGUGGUCCAUGGUCAUGCACAUCGGCCUCUCCACACGCGGCGUGGCUGGCUUCUUCGUGCUGGCCAUCGUCUUUUAUUUCUUUGCCGUGCUCACGGUGGCGAUCCUGCUCAUCAUGGAGGGCCUGUCUGCUUUCUUGCACGCGCUGCGACUGCACUGGGUGGAGUUCCAGAACAAGUUUUACUCAGGUCAGGGCUUCAAGUUCCUCCCGUUCACCUUCGAAAGCAUCCUGGAUGGAAAGUUUGAAGACUGAGAUCACCCCCCUCCAACCCCCACUCUGUGUACGUGCGUUUAUGUUGUUGUUUGAUAAAACGAGUCAGAUGCAUUUUCUUCCCACCAUUUAAAACAAUUCCCAGGUCUCUAAAAUUCUUCAGUCAAAAUGCACAAA